AAUUGUUGUAUUCAGAUCGAACAUUCAAAAAAAUCCAGAAAAAUGGACAGACUUUUCAGUCCCGACGAGAUGCUGCGUAGAAAACAGAGAACGCUUAAUACAGCUAUGCGGGAUCUGGAUCUUGCGGCCGAUCCCUCGCAGAGCGUUAAUUCUAAACAAAUAAUUUCGCAGGGAGCACCUGCAACCGGCCAUCGGGGGAGAGUGUAUAGGCUGCCCACGUACUACAGACGACGACCAUCAAAGCGAAUAUGUCCAAACCAACGACAAACAGAUGGAAAACCUGGGUACUCUUUUUAUACCAAUGAUGAGGGUAGCCUACAGCCGGUGCCGUUUCCGCCGGAUGCGUUGGUCGGUGUUGGUAUCCCCAGGCACGCCCGUCAGAUCAACACACUGUCGCACGGAGAAGUUGUCUGUGCGGUCACCAUCUCCAAUCCCACAAAAUACAUUUACACGGGCGGCAAGGGGUGCGUGAAGGUGUGGGAUAUCUCGCAGCCGGGCAACAAGAAUCCAGUCAGCCAGUUGGAUUGCCUGCAGCGCGACAACUACAUCCGCUCGGUGAAGCUACUGCCCGACGGACGCACGUUGAUUGUGGGCGGCGAGGCCUCUAACCUGUCCAUCUGGGACCUGGCCAGCCCAACGCCACGCAUCAAGGCCGAACUGACCUCGGCGGCGCCUGCCUGCUACGCCCUGGCCAUUAGCCCAGACUCGAAGGUGUGCUUCUCAUGCUGCAGCGAUGGCAACAUUGCCGUGUGGGAUCUGCACAACGAAAUCCUGGUCCGUCAGUUCCAGGGCCACACCGACGGCGCCUCGUGCAUUGACAUCAGUCCGGAUGGCUCCAGGCUGUGGACGGGAGGCUUGGACAAUACGGUGCGCUCCUGGGAUCUGCGCGAGGGUCGCCAGCUGCAGCAGCACGACUUUAGCUCUCAAAUAUUCUCGCUCGGCUACUGUCCCACAGGCGACUGGCUGGCUGUGGGUAUGGAGAACUCGCACGUUGAGGUGCUGCACGCAUCGAAACCGGACAAGUAUCAACUGCAUCUGCACGAGAGCUGCGUUCUGUCGCUGCGCUUUGCCGCCUGCGGCAAAUGGUUUGUUUCCACCGGCAAAGACAACCUGCUUAACGCAUGGCGAACACCUUACGGUGCCAGCAUAUUCCAGGCGAAGGAAACCUCAUCCGUACUUAGCUGCGACAUAUCCACUGAUGGCAAAUAUAUUGUGACGGGUUCAAACGAUAAGAAGGCUAGUGUCUACAAAGUCAGUUAUUAAAUCCAUAAAAUCCAUACAAUAAUAAUAUUGUGAAAUUGAUAUAAAGCAACGCCAUUAAUAGUAAAAAA